UCUCCAUCCUUUUAGUUCCUUGCUUCGUCUCUACUCCUAAUCUUGAUUAAUGCCUUGCCUCUUUUUUGUACUCUCCUGCUGAAGCUUUCUGAAACCACUACAUCACCAUUUGUUUCUAUCUAACAUUUUGGGAGCACUGAGCUCUUCCAGCUUGCAGGGACGGAGUCUUCAUCAAGGCUCUUUCUUCACCACAGGCAGCAAUGGCGCCGGCAAAUGGUGAUGCUGCCGGACCAAGCUCCAGCCAGGAUGGCUUGGUAGCCACCAUGAAGAAGCGCAACAAGCCUCAGUAUCAUCCGUUUACUCAGCAGCAGCUUCCAGCUUGCAAGCCUAUACUGGCGCCUCAGACAGUUAUCCCUGUACUUUUGUUUGUGGGCAUAGUUUUUAUCCCGAUUGGCCUUGGUUGCAUUGCUGCAUCAAAUAGGGUUGUUGAAGUGAUCUAUCAAUAUGAAACUUCAUGUGUACCACGAUACAUGAUUGACAACAAAAUUGCCUAUAUCCAAAAUCCUUCUAUAGAUAAGACCUGCACAAGGAUUCUCAAGGUUCCUAAGGAUAUGAAGCAACCAAUCUACAUAUAUUAUCAACUCGACAAGUUUUACCAGAACCAUAGAAGGUAUCUGACGAGCCGCAGCGAUGAACAGUUGAGAAGUCCUAAUGAGGUCAACAACAGACAGUCAUGCAAACCUGAAGCUACUGAGCAUGGAAGCCCCGUCGUCCCCUGCGGACUCGUAGCUUGGAGCCUGUUCAACGACACGUACAGCUUCGCUCGUGGCAAUGAGGUGCUGAUGGUUCACAAGCGAGGCAUUUCAUGGAGGAGCGAAAGGGAGGACAUUUUUGGGAAGCAGGUGUUUCCGAGGAAUUUUCAGAAUGGGACUCUGAUUGGUGGGGGCACGCUUGACCCAAGAAUACCUCUGAGCAGGCAGGAAGACCUGAUCGUCUGGAUGCGAACCGCGGCGCUGCCAACGUUCCGGAAGCUGUACGGGAGGAUCGAGGCGGACCUCCACGCCGACGAGCUGAUCACGGUGACUCUGCAGAACAACUACAACACGUACAGCUUCGGCGGGAAGAAGACGCUGGUGCUGUCGACCGCCGGCGUGCUGGGAGGCAAGAACGACUUCCUCGGCCGCGGGUACGUGGUCGUCGGCCUCGCCUGCCUCGCGCUGGCGAUGCUCCUGACGCUGCUCUGCCUCGCCUCCCCACUGAGAGAGGAGCAUCUUGCGCUGCGGUACCCUCUGUCCGGCAGACCUGCACGAUAGAUGACCACGCAUGCCUGAUUCAUGUAGUGUUCAUGUACAGAUUGAAGCCGUUUCUUUUUCAGGCUUGGAUUCGGUUGGCGGUUCCUUGCAAGGAUCGAAAGAAGAACAGCAGCUACAGACAGAGCUGCGUCGUGUAUAUAUGCAUCCGACAGGAUUGAAAUUGAUUUGCUUCCGGUAUAUUCAGACAUGUUGGUUGUAGGGGUGGGUAUCAAGCUGGCUCAGCUCGGCUCGGCUCGGCUCGUUAGUAGCUUAAGUCAGCUCGGCUCGUUAGUAGCUCACGAGCUGGAGGGGCCCCGCAUGAGGCAUGAGCUCGCGCUGCCGGGGCCCGGGGUCCAAUGCCCAUGGUGAAGCACAAAUUUUAGCAAAAUUCAGAAUAUACAACAACCAAAAGAAUGAAAUUCCCAGUCCGAGAAGAGAUGGAUCUUGUGCAUGUUCACACCACACGAGCUGAAUCUGACAAAAAAAGAAUCUUCCGUUGGAUCUUGCGAGUGAAACAAGAACAAAGAUUGAGCAGAUUCAGAUGCAUCAAUCAAGCAGUACACGGAUUCAAUCAACACAUGUUUUGUGUUUCGAGAGACAGAGAGAGGGAAAAAAUAUACUACUGAAUUGCUGUCUC